GUGAACAGUUUCCAGUGUUGAGUGAAGGUAAAGACAGUUACAGGCCGUCAUCAUGAGUCGCAGCCCAGAAAGGAUGUCUUCCUACCGCCGCCACUUCGAGGGCACCCUCGCCUCCUCCUCUGCUUCCUAUCAGGUGCGGGUUUCGAGCCCUUCACCGACCCGAAGGGAUGUCCGUCACCGCUCUGCCAGCUACAGUCGCAGCGGGGGAACCAUGGGGAGGAGGAACCUCUCCAGCAACCGCAAGCCCCGCAUGACCAGCAGUGUGAGUAUGGGGGCCCUAUGCUUCGGCAUGAACAUGGGGCUGGGGCCCAGCCUGGACCUGGAUGCAGCUGCAGCGGAGAACCAAGAAUUCAUGAGCACCCGCACCGGCGAGAGGCAGGAGAUGGUGGCCCUCAACGACCGCCUGGCUAUCUACAUCGAGAAGGUACGUACUCUGGAGGGGCAGAACAAGCUGCUGGAGGCUGAGAUUGAUGCUCUGCAGAACCGCUAUGUGAAGCCGUCUGGGCUGAGACAGCUCUACGAGGGCCAGCUGAGACAGCUCCACCGGAUCGCUGAGCAGAUGAGAGUGCAGAGGGACCUGGCUGUAGCGGCCAAGGGGGCCAUGGCAGGACAGGUGGAGGUGCUCAAGGUCAAAUAUGAGGAGGCUCUGGAGGCCAGGAAGAAGGCAGAGUUGGAGAUCGAAGCCUUCCGCCCCGAUGUGGAUAGAGCCACCUCGGCCCGUAUCGGCCUGGAGAAGCAGCUGGAGAACCUGGAGGUGGAGCUGGCCUUCCUGACCAGAGUUCACAAAGAGGAAAUUGAGGAGCUGAUGCAGCAGAUCUACGUGGCGGUGGCCAAGGUGGACAUUACCUUUGCCCUCCCUGACCUCUCCUCCGCCCUCAAACAAAUCCAGUCCCAGUACGACAGCAUCGCCGCCAGAAACCUACAGGAGAUGGACGCUUGGUACAAGUCAAAGUUCCAGGACCUGAACGAUGUGACAACCAAACACGUUCAAAGCGUUCGAAGUGUGAGAGAAGAAAUCGCAAGUUACAAGAGAGAUAGCUUAAACCUGGUGCGUGAGUUGGAGUCCAUGAAGACGAGGAAUGAAUCUCUGAAGGUUCAGAUUCGUGACGCUGUGGAGAGACACAAGAAAGAACAGGAGACACUGCUGGAGCGUAUUGAGGGGCUGAAGCUGGAGCUGAAGGUGAUGAAGGAGAAGAUAGCUUUGCUGCUGAGGGAGUACCAGGAGCUGCUCAACGUCAAGAUGGCCCUGGAGAUUGAGAUCACCACCUACAGGGCGCUGAUCGAGGGCGAGGACACCCGUCUCAGCACCAUGGUACAGAGCAUGUCCCUGGGUGGAGGAGGAAGAAGCGGAGUGGCCAUCAGCGCUAGCUCCACCUCUGCCUCGGUUAGCGCCGCCUCUGUCAGCGGAUACGGGUAUGGGGCCGGGCUGGGCAGAACUCCUGCUAAUGGAAAUGGGGGCACCAAAGAGGCCCCUGAUGUGGCAGUGAUAUCACCAGAGAGCCAGACGGAGAGCUACGAGGAACAGUCAGUGGAGAUGACUGAGCGGAAGACUCUUCUCAUCAGAACAGUUAAGACAGAUGACAUGUAUGAGAGCGACACACAGGAAUGCACCAUUACCAUCUCUGGAGCUGCUGACGACACAGACGAGGAUUAGAGAUGGAAGUCCAGGCUCCUAAAUCCUACACCACCGUAUGAAUGUUAGAGCCCUUCCACCCUUGCCCCCAAAAAUGUAGCCCACACCAACCCCCUAGGAUAGUGGUCUUCAGGAUCAGGACCCCUAUGGUCCUCUUCUGUGUGUGUCUCUGUCUCUGCCUGCACUAAACUCUGUCUUAGCCUCACAUUGCCUUUCUGUUAGCCUUUAACUCCCUGUGUGUGUCUGAGAACCAUAUCGCUCUACAAGCAACAAAUUAAAAAACAAAACAGCAAAGCAAUUACAAUAUUUUCUCUUGAUGUGGUAAUUUCCAAACAUAUUUAGGUAAAAAAUAAAUAUAGAAUAAGUUUGA